CUGCAUGUGAGUAUGAAAUAACCAUUUAGUAGUUAUGAAAAUAAUACACACAUAACCAGAAUCUUGGGAACUGCAUAACUGAAAAACAAUGUUGUCAUUAACUAUAUUGCAUUUCAAUACUCCGAUAUAGGAAGAAAAAAAAGAAAAACCUAAUACGAAGACAUUUACUAGCACAGUUAGAAUGAGGUCUCCCAGCCUGAAGAAACAAAAUGUUUUAAAACCUUAAUUUCUGAAUAUUAUCAUUAACAUUCAAGGAUGCAUCAAACCUAUGUUUGGGAGAAUACAGAUUUCAAAAGGCUUUAAAGUGUAUUCCCUAGACAGCACUGAAGCAGUACAGUCUAGAGAUAACAAAGUUGCAAGAUCUACAACUGCAGGAAGUGUGGGUAAUGAUGUCUUUGUAAAGACCUUAGAUGGAACACAGAAGGCUCUAGUUUUACAUGUAAGCAGUUGCAGUAGUUGCUGCAUGGAUGUUACAUGAUCACAAGUGAGAGAAGAGCAAUUGUGAAUAAGAGAGAUGCCUCUAACUAGAAAUAAUGGAGCUGGGAAAAGGAAAACUUUUGAGAACUGGCCUUAAUGCCUUAUAUCAGGCAAUCCACCCUGUGCAUGGUAUUGCCUGGACGGAUGGGAAGCAAGUGAUACUGACUGCUUUACAUCUUCACAAUGGAGAGCCAAAGUUUGGUGACUCACGUGUUAUUGGUCAGUUUGAACAUGUUCAUGGACUUUACUGGGGCCCUUGUGCUACAGACACCACAACUCUGCUUGCUGUUCAGCAUAAAAAGCACAUAACUAUUUGGCAGCUGAGCUAUAACCUUUCAGAAAGGAAUAAGCUCUUGGUUUCUCAGAUUUGUGAAACUGGUGAGCCAUUUCCAGUGCUUCCCCAGGGCUGUGUGUGGCAUCCAAAGAAAGAGAUCUUGGCUGUGCUUACUACACGGGAUGCCUCAGUCUUACACACUGUUCGUCUCAACAACUCAAGAAUUAAAGCUGAUAUCAAAGGUAGUGGUCUCAUUCACUGCGCUUGUUGGACUAAGGAAGGCAAUCGCUUAGUAAUUGCUAUAGGCAGCGCACUUCAUUCCUACAUAUGGGAUGAUGCUCAGAAAACUUUAAAUGCUUGCUUCUUUUGCCCAAUUUUUGAUGUGGGAGGUUAUAUAUGUGCUGUAGAAGCUACUUUGGAUUCCCAAGUUGCUGUUGCCACUGAGCUUCCAUUAGAUAAGAUCUGCGGUUUAAAUUCAGGUAUUGCUUUUGAAGUCCCAGCUGGUGGUGAAACAAAUUCUUUUCCUUCACAGUCUACCUUAGUAUGUGGUGAUGAAGAGUUCUCCAUGGAUGUGAGGAAAAAGUCAUUGGACUCAGAAAAAUCUGUACCCAUUGUUUCAGUACCUUCUCCUUCCACAGUUCCUGUGGAUCUAACCCAUAUUCUUUCCAGCAAACAAAGACCUUGCUCCAGUCCUCUUAUUCAUCUUAGGCACAAGGAUUAUCUAACAGGAAGUGGCCAAGACUCUUCACACCUGAUCUUGGUAACUUUUGAAAGAAAGGUUACCACUACCAGAAAAGUCAGCAUCCCAGGCAUUCUGGUUCCUGAUAUAAUGGCUUUUGACCAUAAAACUCGUACUGUGUCAGUAGCCUCCAAUACUUGUAACAUUAUUUUGGUCUAUUCUUUGACUUCAUCCUGUUUACCCAAUAUUCAACAAAUUCAGCUUGAGAAAAGUGAAAGACCAAAGGGCUUGUGCUUCCUGACUGAAAAAUUGUUAUUGAUUUUAGUUGGAAAGCAGAAAUUCACUGACCCUGCAUUUCUGCCAUCAUCUAAGUCAGACAAGUAUGUCAUCCGUUUGAUGAUCAAAGAAAUACUUUUUGAAGAGAGUUCUUCAGCAGCUGCAGGAACUAGUGGUAACUCCAGCUUGAAUGCCUUUUUGAACAUACCUGUGAAAAAAGUGUCACCAGAAAAUCUGUCUGUGGAAGUUCAUCCUCUAAGCAAUGGUCUCCUGAUACCAAGCCAUCCUAUUCAAUCUCCUGUUAACAGAAAAAAACUUAUUGAAGAAAUUAAAAGCCCAACCUAUGAGCAACAUCUGUUGUCAUGUGUGAGGGACAUCACAGAAAGAAAGAUUUCUAUGGAUUCUCCCUCGGCUCUGGAAACUUUGGAUGUUGAACCAACCAAUCGGUCAUUGGCCUUGCAUGGGCUUAGAACACCUGCUGCAUUUUCUAACAGACCAGCAUCUCCAAAAAGGCAGGUGGAUGUAGAUCCAGAAAUUUCAAAUGCUCCUAAAAAUAAUAUUCUGCUUAGUGAAAAAGAAGCAAGGUAUUUAUCUCAGAAUAUGGAAAGAUUAUGUGACAGUUUUACAGAAGUACAGCAUCACCUUUCUGAGCUAACAGAACUUCUAAAAUCCAGGAAGACAUUUCUUUCAGUAUAUCCAUCUUCUCAGGAGCCAUCUUUUAUUAACAUCAUUUAUCAGAAGCAGCUUUCUGAACCUGGGGAAGAUAAAAGGCGAGCUGUUAUUCUCUGCAAUGGUAAACUCCGUCUAAGUGUAGUGCAGCAGAUUUUCAGCCUCUCUCUCAUUGAAAUGCAACAUGGUUCAACUUGGAUUGUUCUCACAGCUGACAGCGAAGGCUUUGUUCCAUUAAUAUUCGGAUCCAUGCAGGAGAUAAUCAUAAGAGAUGCCAAUUCAAAAGGCUAUAGCACCCAUUCUUCCAAAACUUUGGAUAUCAUCAGUUCUACAGAAGGGUAUAGACCCAUGUCUUCAGAAAGUCUGGAUAUCACCAGUUCUUUGGAAGUCCUUAGGGAACAUUCUUCCAAAAGUCUAGAUACCAGCAGCUCUUCAGAACAGUCAACCAGUAAAACAUAAUU